AUGUCCACCGCCGGCACACAUCAAGCCGCCGUCCUGCAUGGAUCCCAAGAUCUCCGAAUUGAAUCAGUGGAAACCCCGACUUUGGGCCCGGACGACGUUGCCAUAGCCCCUCGUGCCACCGGGCUCUGUGGUACUGACCUCCACUACUACGAGAAUGGACGAAACGGCAUGUUCGUCAUCGACCAGCCUCUCAUUCUCGGCCACGAGGCAGCCGGCGAGGUACUCGAGGUAGGCUCAUCGGUCACCUCAGUGAAGGUCGGAGACCGCGUGGUUUUCGAGCCCCAGCGGCCAUGCAGUUCGUGCCAGCAAUGUCGUCGUGGCACUUACAAUCUCUGUCCGAAGCUGAAGUUUACGGGCUCUGCGAGUGCAAAGCCGCCAGUGCAGGGGUCUCUGCAGUCCAAGUAUCACCACCCCGCCAGCUUCGUUUUCCCCAUCCCGGACUCCGUUUCAUAUCAGCAGGCGGCGUUGAUUGAACCGCUUUCCGUGGCGUUGCAUGCCGUUCGGCGUAGCGGCAUACAUACUGGACAGUCUGUGCUUGUUGUGGGUGCUGGUCCUAUCGGCUUGCUGUGUGCCAUCGUUGCUCGUGUUUCGGGGGCUUCAACUAUCGGCAUCGUGGACGUGCAACAAAGUCGCCUGGACUUUGCAAUGACGCAUGGGUACGCAGACUACGUGGCCCAGGUACCGAUGAUCUCGCACGAGGGCGAGAAUAACGCGGACUUCGCCGCUCGUGUCGCGAAGGAUAUAGUAUCUGCGCACCCCUCUUUCACGCCAGCGGACGUGGCCUUGGAAUGCACGGGAGUAGAGGUGUGUGCUAAUUUGGGCAUCCAUUUCACGGCUCCACGAGGGAAAGUGGUGAUUGUAGGAAUGGGACGGCCCUACCAAGCUCUGAAUGUUGGGGCAGCUGCGGUCCGUGAGGUGGAUAUCAUCAGCGUCUGGAGGUAUGCGAAUACCUUUGAGACGGCCAUUGACUUGUUGGCAUCCGGCAAGCUGGACCUCAGGCCGCUCGUUACGCAUGUAUACCCAUUAGCGGAGACACGGGCUGCUUUUGAACUCCUCCGAUCGCGUCCAGCGGACUUGAUGAAGUGUAUCAUAGUCUCUUAG